AUGGCACGAUAUCGAGUAGCGGUGGACACCGGAGGGACCUUUUCCGACUUCGUUUUCUUCAAUGAGGACAGCGGCGAGAUCAGCAUCACCAAGGUGCCCUCGACCCCCAAGGAGCCGUUCCAGGCGGUGCUCAACGGGGUCCAGGAGCUGCUCGACCGGGGAGUGCCGGCCGGGGACGUGAGCUUCUUCUCCCACGGCACGACCGUGGGCACCAACGCCCUGCUGGAGGAGAAGGGGGCGGUCAUGGAGCAGAGCCGGGGCUACGGGCCGGUGACCUACGACCUCUUCUUCGAGAAGCCCCGCCUGCUGGCCAGCCCGUACACCACCGAGGAGAUCCCCGAACGCGUGGAUUUCCAGGGGCGGGCGCUCACACCGGUGGACCUGAAGCAGGCGGCGGAAGCCAUCCGCCGGCUCAAGGCCAAGGGCGUGGAAUCCGUGGCCGUGUGUUUCCUGUUCUCCUUCCUGAACCUGGACCACGAGCUGGCGGUCAAGAAGCUCAUGGCCGAGGAGUUCCCGGAGGCGAGCCUGUCGCUGUCGUGCGAGGUGCUGCCGCAGAUCCGCGAGUUCUUUCGCAUGAGCACCACGGUCAUCAACGCCUACAUCGCGCCCGUGAUGAGCGCCUACCUGAACCGGCUGGAGACCCGCCUGAGGGAGAUGGGGGUCGACACGCCCCAGCUCUACAUCAUGCAGUCCAACGGCCGCGUGUCGACGUUCAAGACCUCGGCCCGCAAACCGGUGGCCACGGUGCUCUCCGGGCCCGCGGGGGGCGUCAUCUCGUCGCUGGGCGUCAGCGGCAAGGUCGGCAUCGACAACAUCAUCACCUUCGACAUGGGCGGCACCAGUUGCGACGUGGCGCUGAUCCACCAGGGCCGCCCGGUGGUCACCAACCAGGGCCGCAUCAGCCAGCGGCCCAUCAGCCUGCCCAUGCUCGACAUCCACACCGUGAGCGCGGGCGGCGGCACCAUUGCGCGCAUCGAUUCGGUGGGGGCGCUCCAGGUGGGACCCGACAGCGCCGGCGCCGACCCCGGCCCCAUCUGCUACGACCACGGCGGCGAGAACGCCACCGUCACCGAUGCCAACGUCAUCCUGGGGGUGCUGGACCCCGACCACUUCCUUGGCGGGCGCCUCACCCUCGACAAGGAGAAGGCAGAGUCGGUGGUGGAGGAGCGGAUGCCAAGCCCCUGGGGCUGA